GUUUGUGCAUGACAACGACAACGAGCGGGCAGUCGCGCGCAAACGCACGGGUUUUCUCGUUUGACGCUAACGUGGAACGCGGCUGCACGGGCUACUUAAAGCCCUAAAUUAUACGCAUCCUCUGCCGCCUUCGGUCUGCCACGAUGUUCGCUACUGCGGGUGAAGACGUCCAGCUCUGGUCCUCCUCGACGCUGCAACCAUGCUUGCGCUUCAACGUUGACAAGUAUCGGACGGUUUCGAGCGUCUCGUGGACAGCUGACGGGCGGCGGCUGGCUUCUGUCUCCCAGUUAUGCAAAUAUAUCAACAUCACAGAGUUCACCAGUAGUAAGCACAGGCAAGAGCACAUGAGUGUUGAGGGCCCGUGUGUGUGUUGUCAAUUCAGCCACCAGGACUGCAACACAAUGUGCGUUGGUCUCUUGGAUGGCACUGUGCAGCUGCUGAAGAAUGGAAAGAUCUCGUACUCCUACAGGCCACACAAGGAGAAGGUGACGUGCAUCGCGUUCAACAGCAAUGAUGGCUUUGUGGCGAGCGGGGCAUAUGACGGCAGCGUGGCCCUGCUGUCUCUGGACAUCAAGAGCACCAAGAUGCUCAAUGAACCAACCGGAAAGGCGGUGGUUGGGUUGCAGUGGUCACCACACAGCCGCUUCAAGCUCAUGACCACUGCAAUGGAUGGCUUGCUCUAUAUCUGGGACACAAGCACCAGGUGCUUGAAGAGCCGGCACUGCCUGCAUCCCCGGCAUGGCGCGAGCAACCUGACGCUCUCGCCUGUCAACGAGUCGCUGGUGAUCACGGUCGGACACGACAGCCGCCUAGUCCUGUUUGACAUGCUCACGGCCAGGGAGGAGGCAUUCGUGCAGACACCAGAAGCCCUGGAGUCUGUGGCAUUCCUGCCGGAUGGCCAGCGGGUGGUUGGCGGGGCUACGUCGGGGCGUGUCUACCUUUAUGACCUGCGUAACACCCGACAGUCGCCACCAUUGUGCUUGGUGCCCACACCAAGCCUGUCACGGCCAUAGCAACCAUGCACAGUGUACAGGCAGAGGAGCAGGU